GCACAGUCGCACAGUCGCACAGUCGCACAGUCGCACAGUCGCACAGUCGGAGGUCGGACCUCAUCCCACACAGUCCCGACUCCCCAGUACUCCUCCACUUCAUGAAUCGUAACAUUCGAUAGCCUGCGCCAUCGCACCAGAGACAGGAGAUACUGACCAGCCCAGACUCGUGCAGAACGUGCCGCUAUCCGGAAGAUUCUUUCCUCAGGUGCUGGGCCCUCGUGGUAAAUAAAUUGAGGCAAGAUCGUCGGAGAGAUUUCCCAUUUUCCUCAACCAUCUCAAUUGUCUCAUUCUCGCGUGGCAGAAUGGCGUCUUCGGGAUACAAAAUGUCGUUUGCGGCAUUGGCUGUCCAAUUCUUGGGCUUGGCCUCUGCCUCCAGCAACUGCUCGUUGAGUGGCCUCAACACCACGGUCGGAGGUCGUGUUCAGCCUCUGACGCCCUUCUCUCUUCCUUGCUUCUCCAGCUAUAAUGGACAGGCCGUCACCCCCAACGAUGCUGCUUGCGCCAACAUUCAGGCCAAAUACAGCGACCCGUACCUGCGGACCAACACGCCCAAUGGGUACAUGAACUACCAGGAUGAGAUGUGCUCAUCCAACCCCAAGGAUCAGUGUGUGCUGGACAACAGCGAUCCCACCGACCCUCUGGCCUUCGAUGGCACCGACUGCCGCCAGGGCAAUAUGCCCUCCUACUACAUCGAGGUGCAGAAUGCCACCGAUGUCAGUGCCGCCCUCGAGUACUCUCGCUGCUCUGGCAUGCGGGUGGUCAUCAAAAACAGUGGCCACGACUACCUCGGCCGCAGCAGUGGCAAGGGCACCCUUGCGCUGUGGACCCGACAGCUGCAGGACAUGAGCUACGACGCUGCCUUCGUCCCCCAGGGCUGCCCGGCCAACACCAGCUACAAUGCCAUCACUUCUGGUGCCGGUGUCAACUUCAAUGAGGCCUACGCCUUUGCCCACGAGCACAACGUCACCAUCCUGGGUGGUUACUCCCCCACGGUCGGUCUUUCUGGUGGCUGGGUCCAGAUGGGCGGCCACUCUGUGCUGUCUCCCGUCUACGGUCUGGGUGUCGACCGUGUCGUCCAGUACAAGGUCGUGACUCCCGACGGCAACCUGCGAAUCGCCAACGAGUGCCAGAACCAGGACCUCUUCUGGGCCCUCCGUGGUGGUGGUGGUGGCACUUUCGGUGUUGUGCUCGAGAGCACCCACCGGGUUGAGCCUCGGUUCGGCUUUGUCGCAGCCAUUGUCAAGUUCACCAGCAACUCCACCAACGUGCUCCCCUGGAUGGACAUCGUCGUCAACAACACCCUCAAGUGGGCCGAGGAGGGCUGGGGUGGCCACAUCACCGGUAGCACCCUGAUCAACGUCUCGCCUCUGCUCACCGUCGCGCAGGCCAAGGAGUCGCUGGCGCAGGUGAUCGCCUACGCCAAGGCGCAGGGCGGCUCCGCCGUGGUUGAGCACUUUGCAUCCUGGUACGACUUCUACACCAAGUACGUGACCUCCGAGGCAGUCAGUGUCGGUGUCACCCACUUCGCGGGCAGCCGAUUGGUGCCGCGGUCGGUCUUCGAGACAGCCGAGGGCCGCCAGAACCUGAUGGACUUCUUCGCGCUCAUCCAGAAGAACGGACAAACCCCCUACAUCCCCGUGGUCGGCCCCGUUCUGUACAACUACACCGAGGGCUCGACCAGCGCGACGCCCGCGUGGCGACAGGCCGUGUGGGAGCUGGGCUCCGGCAGCAGCUGGGCGUGGAACAGCACGCUGCAGACGCGCGAGGCCAAGAUCGCGACGCUGCAGAACAUGACGGCGACGCUGGAGCGCAUCACCCCCGGCAGCGGCGCGUACAGCAACGAGGCCAACCCCUUCACCGAGGACUGGCGGGAGUCCUGGUGGGGCACUGAGAACUACGACAAGCUGCUGUCCAUCAAGCACAAGUAUGACCCCUCGGGUCUGCUGAGCUGCUGGAAGUGCAUUGGCUGGGAGGAGAGCCAGGCCAACAGCACCUGUUUCGCGGCUUUCCAGUGAUUUUCGGGGGAAAUACUCGUGGAAUGGUGGGGAUAUGCUGUUUUUUUCGGUCGCUAACCUCAGUGCUGGCGCAGUCUCUCUUUCGCAGCGCGGAUAGAACAAUACAAACUAGACUUAAUGUGUUAUCAUAAUUCAAGGCAUUUCAUUCGUACGAGGACGAUGGUACUGUUGA